UAUUAUUGUAUUUGAUUUGAUUGCCUUAGCCUCAAAGCUUUCGACUUCUCUCUAGAUCUUCAAUUACUAUUGGAAAAAUUAUUCAAAUUAUUCACUUAAUUUGAUCUCCGAUCAAUGGCGAAGGAAUUUAACGUCCCGCCGGUAGUUUUCCCGUCCGGCGGAAACCCCGGUCCACAACAACGUCGGCUUCCAACGGCGCCGUUUCAACCACCGAAGUCAUCGAACCCUGGGAUACCUUUCAUGUCCUUUGAUGUAGGGUCUGCUGCUGCUUCCACUUCAUUUUCCACUCCACAAUUCGCAUCCACCACCAUCGGCGGCGGAGGAUCGACGGGUUUUGAAGAUGAGCCACCGUUGCUGGAGGAGCUUGGAAUUAACACAAAGCAAAUUUACCAAAAAACUAUAUCGAUUAUGAAUCCAUUUCGGGUUAAAGCAGAUCUUCAUGAAGAUGCUGAUCUCUCUGGACCGUUCAUAUUCCUUAUGGCGUUCGGGCUUUUCCAAUUACUUGCUGGAAAGCUUCAUUUUGGAAUCAUAUUGGGAUGGGUAAUCAUGGCUUCGUUGUUUCUCUAUGUAGUCUUCAAUAUGCUCGCCGGCAGAAACGGGAAUUUGGACUUGUACAGGUGCGUCAGCCUGAUCGGAUAUUGUAUGUUGCCUAUAGUGAUUUUAUCGGCUAUCUCAUUGUUUUUGCCUGGUGGAUUGGUGAUCAAGGUGGUUACCGGAGUUUUUGUGUUAUGGUCAACUCGAGUUUGCACUAGGCUUGUGGUUGAACUUGCAUCUUGUGGAGAUGAACAUCGCGGGCUGAUCGCUUUACUGGACAAGCUGUUUUUACCUUAUAGACUAAUGGAUUCUGCACAGGUUCAGCUUAGUCAUCUAUAAAUACUUAAUGUGGUGGAUCUAACAUCAAGGUUAAUGUUGUUUUCACAUCAAUGAUAUUAUUAUGUUACCAAAGAAGCACUUCUUUUGGUGACCUACUUGCUUCUUUAUCUUUUACCUGGUUUGUGAAAAGGUUAUACUCAUGUAAAGGAUCCGUUUGUCGGAUUUGUUUUUGUGAUGAAGUGAAGUAGCUGUUAGUUGGAAAAUUGGUCACUGAGCUUGUUUCGCCUGCUCUCUCUCACUUACAAGAACUGAGAAUGUCAAUCAUGGGACUCUAUACAAAACAUCCAUAUGUGGACCUAUUUGCUAUUUUGUUUUGAGCUUAUAUUGCUGAAAGGAAUUAUCAUUGAUUUCAGCUUUCUCACUCUCUUUCUGUCGUUAUUUUUUUUUAUUUGCUACAAGAAUAGUUUAAGUGCAAGCAAAAGCAUCAGUUUACCAAGAGACUGGAGCAUACUAUAGCAUUUUUCUGCUAUUGUAUGUGGUUCUGAACCACUGGUUCAAGCAGAUUGUGCUGUUCUUUGGUGUUCA